AUGGAAGGCCCCAGCUUUUACUGCGCCUAUCUGGGUUUCAGCGCUCUCCAAAAGCCACCAACAAACCUGAGCGUUCUGCAGAACACGGUGAAGGAUUUGUACUUCACCUACCGUAAGACCCCAGCAAGUGGCCACAGCGCCAACCUUAAGCUGGUCCAGAAUGGAGUUCUGGUCGUGCUCUAUGAAAACGGAUCUGUGAAAACUGAAAUGUUUUUCGACUACUCCAGUGUGACUUUUGUGGAGGCCGCAAAAUUUGCUCCAGUUAAGACUUCUAGUGAAAGGAAGCCCAAAGCGAUGUUUGUUCCAGUGGAUGAAAGUAAAGGUUCGAUGAGUGACAAACAUGCGUUUCCGGUGGAGAAGGCCUUCCACUUCUUGAUUUCUUCCACUCACCCUCCACUUGUUAUUUGUGUUGUAAGAAGACCAACUGGAGUAAAGGCUUUAGAUUGUCAUGUCUUUGCGUUGGAUACUAUUGAGAAUUCUUUGCACAUUUCGGCUUUGAUUGCUUCUGCACAGAUGCCGGCUGGACAUUACAAUAAGGUUGAAAGUAUCGGGGAUCCCCCUAAAGCUAAGGGUGGGUUUGAUCGUGGGGUCCGAGGUGACGUCAUUAGGUCUGACUACGGAGAUUAUUCGGUGUAUCGGGGGCCUAACGGUUAUGAGAUGCCCCCGUCUCAGCAGUUCAGCGGGGGAGCAGUCAGCGAGCAUCAGCCAGGACAAUGGUAUGGUGGGGGCCCUGUUCACAGUCUUGGAGGCCCUAUUCACAGUCCUGGAGGACCUAUUCACAGUCCUGGAGGACCUAUUCACAGUCCUGGAGGACUUAUUCACAGUCCUGGCGGACAUAUUCACAGUCCUGGAGGACCUGUUCAAAGUCCUGGUCGUAACGAUCACCAGAGACCUCAGUCUGGUGGAACUUCAGGUCCUAUGAUACUUACACAAGACAUCUUCAGAGACCAGCCUUCACCAUCUCAGCCUUAUGGUGGAGUUCCGGGACCCAAAGAAUACGGGAUGUAUGAACAGCCUAACUACGGAGGUGCUCCUGGGGGCGGGUACUAUCGUCAACCUGACGUCAUCAUGCAUACACGGCAGAUGUCGGGAGAUGGCAGCGGGCAGCCUUCUCAGGAUCAAAGCUACAGUGGGCAGGACCCAGCCUCUAUGGAUGUUCGAAUGAGAUAUGAGGAGGUCAGCAUGAGAAAUAACGUCAACAGUCGUUUGUCUGGGGGAGGAGUCCACGAAGCCCGCCUGUCUGGAGGACAAGCUUCAGCAGGAAAUCGCCUUUCUGCAGGUCAGGGAUACCCGAGCGGAAAAAUUUCACCUCGCCCUCACGAGCUGCCUGGUUAUAACGCUGAGCCGCCCUACACGCAGUGGCAAUCCGGCCCUAUGCCAUCUCCGGCGUCACCUAUGUCCAACAUGAGCUCUCCGCGCUCGCCCCACACUUACAUCCCGGGUAGUCCCCAAGGAUUUGGAGCUCCGAUACACUCAGCAUCAAACCUAGAAAGCAGAAGCGCCAAUCCUCAACCCGACACAGAGGAACACAUCAGUGGGCGACCGGUCGCCAAAGUCCCGCCUCACAUGAUUGGUGUCAAAGUCUUGCCAACAGACUUCCGAAUGGUCAAACUGAAGCCAAAAGCAGACAAACGCCCAGAAUCUUCUGACAUUGAUCCUUACGACAACGCCAAAGAAUCUCCUGGAAUGUACAAGGAGCUUUACGAGCCACCACCCGGAAAAGCCAAGCACUUUCCCGACGGUAACGCUUUUCAGGAUUUUGACGCCGUCAAAGGACGACACGACGAAUACAGCAGGGAUUACGGAUCACAUUGGAAUGAUACUGUCAAAGAUAACGUUAGCGGGGAUAUCAAUAAAAGAUACGAUAAUUCCUCAAACGUCAGCCGCCAUGAGAGCACAGGGGAUUACUCGUCUAGAUACGAAGACAACAACAACAAGAACAGACACAGCGGUCCGUCUUAUGGCGGGGACAGAACCUGGGAGCAGAGACCCCAAGCUAAUUACGAACCCAGAAGUAAUUCCCCGAGAAACAGCGACCCUAACGCUCGAACCAAAGACCUGGAAAUUGCUAAUAUGUUUUCUAAUGUCAGGUUGCAAGGCGGGAGUAACCAACCCAUGUACCGACAACCCAGGGACAGAAAUGAGAUCGAAGAAGGACUUGGUUAUCUCCCUUAA